GCGGCGGCGCGAGCGCAACUCCAGCCCGAGCCGGGAGAGAGCCCGGAGAAGAGGAGGAAGAGAGGGGACCGCUCCGGUCCCUGCGGGCCUCUGGGAGCAGCAGUUCGUGCCCCCGGGCCCGGAUAGAGAACCGGGACCUCGUCCGCCCGCCAGGAUGCCGCAGAGGCUUAGGAUGGAGCUCAGAUACUGUCCCCCAAGGAUGCUGGCAGACACAUUCUGACUCAUUAAAGGAGAGCUGAGUGUAAGCAGAGAGGGGAGAAGACAUCAGCCUCCCACACAUCGCCUCAGAGGAAUUCUAAGGAGCGCUGCUCAGAGCACCACCUGGCCCGAUGGAGAUCACAGCAGGGGUCAUGGAUGAGGACGCCAGCAACACCUCCACCACCUUCCUUUCUGUGCCGGCCCCCCCUGGAGCCCACGCUGCUUCCUUCCCGUUCAACUUCAGCUAUGGUGACUAUGAUAUGCCUUUGGAUGAAGAGGAAGAUGUGACCAAUUCCCGUACUUUCUUUGCUGCCAAGAUCAUCAUUGGCAUGGCCCUAGUGGGCAUCAUGCUGGUCUGUGGCAUUGGCAACUUCAUCUUCAUUGCUGCUCUGGCCCGCUACAAGAAGCUGCGCAACCUUACCAACCUGCUCAUCGCCAACCUGGCCAUCUCUGAUUUUCUGGUGGCCAUUGUCUGCUGCCCCUUUGAGAUGGAUUACUAUGUGGUGCGGCAGCUGUCCUGGGAGCACGGCCAUGUCAUGUGCGCCUCUGUCAACUACCUGCGUACUGUCUCUCUCUAUGUCUCCACCAAUGCCCUGCUGGCCAUCGCCAUCGACAGGGCUCUGGUGGAGUUUAGCCUGCCCUUCGCCAUCAGGACAUCCCAGGGCAGUGUUCCAGGGAAGAGCACAGCAGAUCAAACCUGUUUCCUGAAGCCAAAGGCAGAACAACCAGAGAUUGGAUAA